ACCAACCAGAGACAAAGAAGGUGGCCACAAAUGAUGCGUUUUCAGCGAUGGCGGGAAUGGGCGGCCCCCCAAGGUCAAUAUCAGAGGAAUUCAAGGUUCCUGAUGGAAUGGUUGGAUUCAUUAUUGGAAGAGGAGGUGAACAGAUAUCGCGCCUGCAGCAGGAGUCUGGAUGUAAAAUACAGAUUGCACCUGACAGUGGAGGGAUGCCAGAUAGGUCAGUGACAUUAACAGGACCACCAGAGUCCAUCCAGACUGCAAAGAGGCUACUAACAGAGAUAGUUGAGAAGGGGCGUCCGGCUCCAGCAUUCAACCACAACGACGGCCCCGGAAUGACUGUCCAGGAGAUUAUGGUCCCUGCCUCUAAAGCCGGACUCGUCAUUGGGAAGGGAGGAGAAACUAUCAAAAGCCUUCAGGAAAGAGCUGGAGUGAAGAUGGUCAUGAUUCAAGACGGACCGCAAAACACAGGCGCAGACAAGCCACUCCGCAUUUCAGGAGAACCCUUUAAAGUUCAGCAAGCCAAAGAGAUGGUAAUGGAGCUCAUCAGAGACCAGGGCUUCAGGGAGCAGAGGGGCGAGUAUGGUUCACGAGUCGGAGGCGGCGGAGGAGGAGGUGGAGGAGGAGAUAGCUUAGAUGUUCCUGUCCCCCGGUUCGCAGUAGGAAUUGUGAUUGGCAGAAAUGGAGAGAUGAUCAAGAAAAUUCAGAAUGACACAGGCGUCAGGAUUCAGUUUAAACCAGAUGAUGGCAGCACACCAGACAGGAUAGCACAGAUCAUGGGCCCCCCUGACCAGGCUCAGCACGCAGCAGAGAUCAUCUCUGAUCUGCUGAGGAGUGUUCAGGCCGGCGGGCCUCCAGGACAUGGUGGUGGCAGAGGCCGUGGUCGCGGGCAGGGGAACUGGAACAUGGGCCCCCCUGGUGGCCUGCAGGAGUUUACCUUCACUGUCCCGACCAUGAAGACCGGCCUCAUCAUUGGCAAAGGUGGUGAGACAAUCAAGGGCAUCAGCCAGCAGUCUGGAGCCAGGAUCGAGCUGCAGAGGAACCCUCCACCCAACGCCGAUCCCAACAUCAAGAUGUUCACAGUUCGCGGCUCUCCGCAACAGAUCGACUACGCCAGGCAGCUGGUGGAGGAGAAGAUUGGGGGUCCAGUCACGCCAAUGGGUGGCCCACACGGUCCCCCUGGUCCACAUGGAGGCCCAGGCCCACAUGGUCCUCCUGGACCACCCGGACCCCCUGGGGCCCCCAUGGGUCCAUACAACCCUGGACCAUACAACCAGGGACCUCCAGGACCACAUGGUCCACCUGCACCGUACCAGCCUCAGGGAUGGGGCAACGGCUACCCACACUGGCAACAGGGACAACCUGAUCCAAAUAAAGCCGCAGCCGAUGCCAACGCGGCAGCGUGGGCAGCAUACUAUGCGCAGUACAGCCAGCAGCCGCAGGCUCCCAUGACCCCGACAAGUGGAGCUCCAGGCACAACUCAAACCAACGGCCAAGGUGACCCACAGGCUGCAGGUCAGAGUGGACAGGCAGAUUACUCCAAGGCCUGGGAGGAAUAUUACAAGAAAAUGGGUCAACAAAGUCAACAACCUCAGGACUACACGAAAGCCUGGGAGGAGUAUUAUAAGAAACAAGGUCAAGCGGCCCCUCAGGCCACAGCCGCAGCAGCCGCAGCGUCCCAGCCUGGAGGCCAGCCAGACUACAGCGCUGCCUGGGCGGAGUACUACCGUCAGCAGGCUGCUUAUUACGGCACAGCCAACCCUCAGACGAUGGGUGCAGCACCACAAGCCCCUCAGGUACACCCCCGAUAAGAAUCUGCCCUCCACAUCACUGAAUACUCAAUUGUUUUGUGCCCUAACCCCCCUUCACUCCCCAGGUUUACAGGGCUCCAGUGACUGCAGCAGCCUCACAAACUUAACCAAAACGACUUCCUCCCUACACAGGUUUAUAACUUUUUAUUUUGGGAAGCUGAGUCUACUGUUUCUGCUGUUAACAUGCAAUGUAUCUUCUAUGUAUUUUUUUGCACAGGGCCAGUAAUGUGAAGUGGACAUAAAGUAAAUGCUACAUUGUCGAAACAAAAUCCUUUGUUAAAUGUUUGGAUGCAGACGCCUUGAUGAAGAUCUUAUAUUUCCUUGGUUUGAAAGUGUUUCACAUAGAUGGCAGAUUACCCGGAGAACACGUCCUCUUUCUUUUUUUUGUUUUUCCUUUUCUUGUAAAUGCUUUGUUUUUAGUGAGGUAAUUAUACAUAUGGUCAUUCCAGCCCUGUAUCUACAUUAAAUGUGGUUAGAACUCAUGUUGAUUAAACUGUAGACAUUACCAUGUAAAUCAUCUCAGUUUUAAAAUGCUAUUGCCUGUUGUGUUUUUGCAAUAAAACAAACUGAAACCUCCUGUGUUGGUAAGUUGGGGUGGUUUAAAAACCAAAAGGGUUGAGAUGAAUUUCUGUAUUUUUUUUUUUGUUGUUUUUUACGGGGGAGGGGAAAAAAACUUAAAAAAAAAAAUGCAGGCCAUGUGUGUGGGGAGGGGGGGGGUGGUUUAAUUGUCCAAAAAGGUUGACUCAAAGUUGUGCUGUCCUGUCUCUCUCCAACUGUCUAUAAGGCUCUUAGAUACAUUAUGUGCGUGCAGUGAUCCCGAGUGGUUCAGACCAACAAACGUCCUUGUUGAUAGACAUUUUUUUAUACACUUGUUUCCUUGACAUUGCUCUGACUGUAGCAGUAGACAGAUGUUUGUCAUAAGAAAGUCGACAGGUAUCUAUGUACCGUAACUCAUGCAUUAACUGCGUUGCUGUGGCGCUCCUUUUUUUUAAAAUUUUGCCUGGUUUUGCUGACAUUGUUGAGGUAGUAUGCACUGUAUUUUGCCUUGAUAUAGACACUUCCUCCUCCACAGGCAAGUUUAGAAAAGCGGUAAGCAAGUAUUUUUCUUAACAUGUUCCCCAACAAACGUGGUUGCAAGAAAUGUUGCAUAUUUUUAGUGUUCUAUAAACAUAUAUAUAUUGUGCUGUUCUUUUUCCAGGACAGUCAGGUAAAUUGUCACUGUAUCGAAAAAUGCAUUGAAACGUUUGUCUUGCCCAUCUUGAAUUUGCGAACUAACUCACAUGUAUAAAGUUGUUUUUUUUUUUUUAAAAGAAUGUUUUUUUAAUAUAAAAACAUUGCAAAAAAACUCCUAUUUUGCUGUGCCCAUUCUGUUAGUGUUUAUCCAAUAUAAGAACAUAGAUGUUGUAGGGUUCGGGGGUGGCUAAGCAGUCUUCAUCCAUCAGUUGAGCCCUCCUAUACUGUAAGUACAAAACUGUGACUGACUUUGAGAGAUACUCGCCUUUUUUUAUGCUUUAUAAAAACUGCAAAAGAUGUAGUAUUUUUGUCAAAUAUUUCUAUUUCCCCCAUGUCUCUGGGUAAGUAUGAAAUGUUCUGAGGAGAGGAAUAGUACUUCUAGACUUUGAUUCUUGUGCCACAUGUUUCUGAGACUUAUUUCCCCUUUUUGUGUGACUCCACUGACUUGCACAACAUUCAGACUUUGAAUAUUUCACAGUAUGUUGAUACUAGAUUGUUUGUGUAGGUAGCAUUUUCAGUGCCAGUUGGGAUUUUCUGAACUGAGGGUUUGAAUGUCAGCACUCUUACACUGUCGGUAGGAACUGUUUUUAAGGAUGUCCAUGUGGGGGUUUUUUACCUUGCGUUUUCUUUGCUAAGUGCCAUUGUCUAGCUGAGACUGUCAUGUUUUUUUCUUAUAUGCCAUUUAUUGCAACAUAUUGCUUUAGAAAAGUCCUACUGCAUAACUCCAGUGUAGCAUGCUUAGGUUUUCUGCUAUUAUUACUUUAAUCUCCUAUAUGAGCAUGUGGAAUGCUUGUAGUGGAUUUGCUGACUGACUAGUUCAGUAUUGAUUAUGACAUUUUCUGAAUGAGCACUGUUGUUGAAAGGCUGUUAAUUUUAAGGUCAACGAUAAAAAAAGAGAAACAAUCUUUUUGACUGCAUUGUUCACUGAUGGCAAACAGUGCAAUAUAUAUAUAUAUCUGAUCUUUGCAGUGUCAUCCCAGACCUUGCACCUUAGGUUCUGCUGCAAUAACACAGGUAAGCGAAACCUAAGGAAACCAGUGUUUUUGUCCAGUGACAUUACAAAUAUAUUACAUGCAAAGAAAUGCUUACCUGUGUCUCUUUAUAACAUGCCUCAAUGCAUUUAUGCCUAGUCGUACAGAAAUGUCCAGGAUAUCAUACGUAUGAACAGCCCUUUAUUUUUUAAAAAGAUUGAUCUGCUUUCAUGAAUGAUCUGCAUGAUAUGAGCUGUAUGACUUUGUUACAUGAAGUAUGACUUUUCAAAAAAAGUGACUUUACCCAGAAAUAAGUUGUUGCAUAGGCUCACUGAGGAAAUGUUGUCAUUGUCGUAUGUGCUUAAUAUUUGAUACUAGCCUUAUCUUUGCAUCCCGGUAAGUCUUGACAGUGACUGUGUAUCGAUGCUUUAAGCCCACUUUGACACUGGUAUAUUAAAACUGCAUGCCAUGCAAACCUGUUGUCAGACGUUAGCAAUGUGCUCAACCGCUUGGUCAAAAAAACGGUGAAAAAUACAUGAUUUUAUUUUUUCAUUUUUAAAUUUCUCUGUCGUGGUGUGAAUCUGCCCUCAAGUGCAGUGCAAAUCUAUUGAAACGCUGCUGCCUUCACUUCUCGCUCACAGUGUUGGAGGAUGCUGCAAGCUUAGGUCAUAGAAUCAGGCCCUGUCGUAGUUUGUCCCCAAAAGGAGGAAUCCUUUGAGUCAAUCCCACUGCUGAACGUAGACCGUUCAAGAGCUCCAGUGAUAAGGUAAAAAAAACAAAACAGCAACGCAAUGAAAUUUAACUUAUGUGAUUGCAAAAGUGUUGGUCAGAUAAAUGUUUUUCAGCUCGGAUAGACUGUUGUUUUUCUUUAAACAUGAUGCCAUAGUGUAUUUUUUAGAGUUGUCUGAUGGUUGUUUUUAUUGCUUCAAUGCCUUCAUCAGUAACAUUUAGUCAGUAGGAAUGUGCUUUAGAAAGUUGGAUGAGGACAGGAACUAAUGUACUUUUCAAUUACAUAUGCACUUUUAUUGGCAGUAAAUUUGGGGUUUUUCACUUUUAAAAAGAAUCACUUCUCUGUAGUUAGUUACGUAUUGUUUGAGGCUGUUCACGCUGUACAUGUGAAAUGCUCAGUGUUUCAACACAGAGUUCGUGGGGGUGUAGAAGACAAAACAAGGAGCAUGCCUUAGAGGUAAAAAAGGUUUCAUGUGAUGUGUAUGUUAUCAGAUCUCUUGGUUUGUUUUUUGAAUCUGUUCUGACUUUUAAAAAUGUUGCCAUGUUCAUUAAUAAAGUUGUAACAAAUAAACUGGA